ACUCUGCUUAGAGAUUGGUAUGCAGCCGGAGAAAGUAGACAGAGUCAAGCGAAAACACCAAAAAGACAAUUCUCCGUCAAAAUAUGAAUUUUCAACAAAUCCACAAAUUUCAGGAUCAAGUACAAUUAAUUCAUUAGAAAGUGAUGUUACUUUAUCAUAUUGUGCAGUAUCUUCAAUGUCAAUUGCAAUUACUUCAUCCACAAGUGCAAUAAAUUCAGCUUUAGUUGCAAUUACCUCCUCGGUAAGUGCUAUAGAUUCAGCGUCAGUUGACUUUACUUCUCUGUCAUGUGCAAAAACUUAUUCAUUGACUGCAAUCACUUCAUCGGCAAGUGGAAAAUCUUCACAUGAUCCUGAUCAGAACAGUCUGAUUGACUACACAAUAAAUUCUAACACUACUUCUCCACCAAACAAUGACGGUAUAACUGAAAGAGAUAAAAGAUCCUCACCAUGUGAAAAAUCUGACGGGCCUAUAACCUCCAAAGCCAAUCGCAGUUUUGAAGACAUUUCAUUUCCAUAUGAAGAAGUAAACUCACAAUUCCAGGAUACCUUACGCCCACAGAUCUCACAAUAUAAUUAUCAGGAUGAUGUAAUGAUUUCAUCUCUCGAUCAUGAAUUUUAUCCAAUCGAGCAAGUUUCCCCAGUUUUGGAAACAUCUAAAGAUUUUGAGAAAGAAGACUUAGACAUUGAUGAAUCAGUUGAUUUCUGUCAUGUUGUCAGUGAUCAACCUCAACCAUUAGAAGUGAUCUCAGACCAAAAGUCUGAACUGACAUGUUUAGAGACAUUGAACCCUAAUUUUAUCAUUCAAACUGAAUGUUUGGACAAAUCAUUGCUCGAACAAGAAGAUACAUUUGACAAUAACUCAGAGGAGAGUGGAUGCCUUUGUAUAAAUCCAGAUUUUGAAUUCACAAUUGAAGAGGAGUUCCGCAUCUAUGAGUUGAUGGCAAGAAAAGAUUUUAUUUUGGGAGAUAAUUUUACAAAACAAAUGAAGAACAAUAGUUUUGUUCAAAGUUUCCGAAGAAUUGUUGAAGAUAUCUCAGCUGGCAGCAGAAUAAUACAGUCCUUAGUCCCUUGUCUAUCAGAUUGCAAGGAACCAACUUCACAAACCUAUGCAACUAAACUACAGCAAGAUUAUGAAAGACAUAACCUGCUCCUUAUAUCUGAUAUGUUUGAGGGUAUUCCAUUAAUCAAUAACACAUCUAUGGAUUCUGUUCUUUCCUUUACCUUCCCCGUUUUCCAGCUUUGUCUCAGAAGUUUUAUGAUUGGUAACAGAGAUGCUCCUACACUACUUGAUCAGUAUAGAGCAGCAGGGCUUUAUAAUGAAGGUUUGGUUCAGGCGUUGCAGACAAUAGGAGACAUAAGUUCGGUUGGAGCGUUUGAUCCUCUUAGAUUGGAUAUAUUUGAAUCUCCUUGGGCUAAAUCAAAACUAGAUGAGAUUAUUUUUAUCGAGACACUUGAGGAAGUUGGCAAAUGUAUCAAAGACGACAUUAAGCUUGGAUCCAUCUUGGUUUUUCUUGUUCUCUUUAUACCAGAGAACAAUUCAGCAGAUAAAGAGGUGCAGAAACUUCUAGAAUUUCUUCAGUCUCACCUUACUCUUCUUCUCUAUAGAUAUCUCAAAUUCAAACAUAGAUCAGCAAAUAAUGCUGCUCUUCUCCAUAAUAAGCUGCUCAGGUAUAAUAUAAACUAUCUGAAUAUGCUGCUGUACUCUUCAACAAGCUGCUCAGGUGUAAACUAUCUUAAUAUGCUGCUCUACUCCUUAAUAAGCUGCUCAGGUAUAAACAAUCUAAAUAUGCUGCUCUACUCUUCAAUAAGCUGCUCAGGUGUAAACUAUUUAAAUAUGCUGCUCUACUCCUCAAUAAGCUGCUCAGGUAUAAACUAUUUAAAUAUGCUGCUCAACUCCUCAAUAAGCUGCUCAGGUAUAAACUAUUUUAAUAAGCUGCUCUACUCCUCAAUAAGCUGCUCAGGUAUAAACUAUCUACAUAUGCUGCUCUACUCCUCAAUAAGCUGCUCUACUCCUCAAUAA